UCUUUGGGAAGAAACUGUAUAAAAACGAGAGUCAAGAUUAAGAGUGGCAUCAGUGCACUUUUGGUUUCAACCUUGUACAACUGUCCUAAAUUCAAAAUGUUCAAGCUUAUCGUUCUGUGCGCAGCUGUCUGCCUUGUCACCGCUGUUGUGGAGGUUGAGAAGCGCUCCGAGGAAGUGCGCGCUGAUGGCUUCGAUGCUGAAGUUUCCCUGAACGACGGAUCUUCUCGCCAAGAGAGCGGUGAUGUGCACGGCAACAUCAAGGGCAACUUCGAAUGGGUCUCCCCCGAAGGUGAACACGUCAGGUUGGAAUAUGUUGCCGAUGAGAACGGUUACCAACCCAAGGGUUCCGUGCUGCCCACUCCUCCCCCAAUCCCAGAAGCCAUCGUCAGGGCUCUUAAGUGGCUCGCAGAAAACCCCCACGAGGAGUAAAUUACAAUGUAACACAGUGAAUUGAACUUACACAUGGACUCCUCUCUGAAAUUAUGCUAUGAAAUAAAUUUGAUAAAAAUAUAUGCAAUAAACUCAUGAAAGCUUA